AUGGACGUACGGCUACUCAGGAGCAAAAUGCAGAGACAGAAGCUCAUCGCACGGGAGAAUGACGAAGAUAAAGACGUGUUCAGUCUUUACUACGUUGGAAUAGACCGAGAUAUAAAAGGACAGAGAUCAAUGGAUCACAAAAGUAAAGACAAAACCAGUCAAGUCGACACUGGACGAGUGGUGACACUUCAGAAUGGAUUCAAGAACGGGAUCUCAGGACGAGAGGAAGUGGACGGUCUGAAGGACAGAAAAAACAGUAAGAACAAGAGGAACAAGAAACAGCAGGAGGCGGAGGACAUCGUGAAAGAGGGUGAAGAUGAGAAGAAACCCCAAACUGAACAUGAACAAGAAGAAGGCAAGAAGAGAAGAAAAAGGAGAAAUUUUAAAGAAAACGUGUCUGAGUGUGACGAGAGCUCUUCAUCAGAAGAGGAACUGGAGGACGAUGAAGAUCAGUUUAUGUCGGGCUCCCUGAACGAGGAGAUGCUGGAGAAGCUGCGGGAGAUUGUGGAGGAGAAGAAGAGACUCAUCAGCACACUGAGAGCCAAACCCUGGCCAAUGCACAAGAAACUCUCUGUUCUCAGGAAGUCUCAGGCUUUUCUAGAGAAAUAUGAAGGCGCUUUGGGAGGAGACAAAGCCCGGAAGCUCUAUUCCUACAAAAUCAAGAUGAGAAAGAAAUGGAUGAAGCUCCGAAGAAACCUUCAUAACUUCAGGAUGCUCUGCGUUCCCUGGGAGAUGAAGAUCAAGAACAUUGAAAGUCAUUACGGAUCCUCGGUGGCCUCCUACUUUCUGUUAAUGCGCUGGAUGUACGGCAUCAACGUGAUCGUGUUUUGCGUCAACCUCUGCCUCAUCGUUUUCCCAGAGGUCUUGAUGGGGCAGCCAUAUGGAAGUAUUCCCAGGAAGUCUCUGUCCAGAAAGGAAUUACCCACAGCCAUGGACCUUGAUGUACUGUGGGACGUUGGGGGCUACAUUAAGUAUACCGGCCUGUUCUGUGGCUACUACAACAACCAGAGAACCAUCGGCUGGCUCAAGUACCGCAUGCCCCUGGCUUACUUCUUGGUUGGACUUGGUGGCAUCGUUUACAGUUACAUGGUGGUCAUCCAACACAUGGCACAGAACACCAGUGAGGGGUGCCUGGGGGAUGACACCAACUUCGAUUAUUGCUGGAAGAUCUUCACCAGUUGGGAUUAUUUGAUUGGAAACCCGGAGACGGCCGACACCAAGUUCGCCGCCAUCUCUACAAACAUUAAGGAGUCCAUCAUGGACGAGAAGGAGCCCAAAAAAGACGAGAACGUCCACCUGACGCGACUGUUCCGGGUCUUGGCCAACUUCCUGAUCUUCUGUGUCCUGACGGGAAGUGGGUAUCUGAUCUACUUUGUGGUACGCAGGUCUGGGAAGUUUAUCAAGGAUGGCAUGGACAACUUUGGCUGGUGGGAGAGAAAUGAAGUAAACGUGGUGAUGGCUCUGUUGAGCGUUUUCUGUCCGAUGCUGUUUGAAGUCAUCGGUACUUUGGAGAAUUACCACCCACGUAUCGGCAUGCGCUGGCAGCUGGGCCGCGUCUUCGCUCUCUUCUUGGGGAAUAUGUACAGCUUCAUCAUCGCCAUCAUUGACCAGAUUCGCUACUCAAGAGAUGAAGAACAGGAACUCAGGCAUAACAUAACCAUGUGGGAAGCCACCUCGCACAAUGGGACCUUGGCCGGGAAUUUCACAAGUUCACAGGUGUUUAAAGUGGAUCCUGCUGACAUACCCAGAGGCCCUUGCUGGGAGACCUUGGUUGGACAGGAGUUUGUCCGGAUGUUGAUUACGGACUCUCUGACUCUCUACGGCGUCGUGCUGGUGAACGACUUCGUUCGAGCCGUUUUCGUCCGUGUCUUCAACCACUGCUGGUGCUGGGACCUGGAGUACAGCUUCCCUUGUUAUUCUGAGUUUGAUGUAAGCGGGAAUGUGCUGAACCUCAUCUUCAACCAGGGGAUGAUCUGGAUGGGCUCCUUCUACGUCCCCGGUCUACCUGGGCUAAACCUCAUCAGGCUGCAGAUAUCCAUGUACCUCCAGAGCUGGUCUGUCAUGUGCUGCAACAUCCCUCAGUCCAACUUCUUUAAAAUCUCUCGAUCCAACAACCUCUACAUGGCUAUGCUGCUGGCCAUCCUGUUCCUCUCCACGGUGCCCACCAUCUUCACCAUCGUCUCCAUGCAGCCUUCCGUCGACUGCGGACCCUUUAGUGGAAAAGGUCACAUAUACGACGUGAUCCCGGAGAUGAUACAGGCCGAUUUCCCAGUAUGGUUUGCGAAGGUGUUCAGUCACAUCUCGAACCCAGGACUGGUCCUGUCCGUCCUCCUGCUCAUUAUGCUGACCGUUUAUUACCUGCAAGCCACGUCAAAAUCGUACAGGCAGGCUAACAGCGAGCUGAAAAAGAAACUCCGUGCCCAAGUUCAGGAGACCAGAAUGAAGACCAGACUAGUGGCGAAGAAGACGGCAGAAUUUUUGGAUCAGGCCAAAAGCAACGGCGAGAUACAACAUGAGAGACAGAUCAAUGACUGUGCAGCUGAAAACGGCAUGGAGAACGGCAGACAGAACUUCCACCACGUUCGUCCAGCGCAGGGUCACCGUACGGGUCGACGUUUGGCCUUCGCAGACACUGAAGGUCCUCCUCACACACGACCCCCUGCGCCCCAGUCCAGCCAUGUGCACGGACCAGUUCCAGGAACUCCAGCGUCAUGAAGACACCAGAACUGACCGCUGAGAAGAAGCUUUGCUGAUUAGUUUGAGCACUUUAAAACAUUUUGAUGUGGGCAGUGGAGUGUUUGUGGACUGUUAAAGCACUUUGUGAAGUUCUGUAGCUGUACAUUAUCAUAUAUUUUC